CAUCGAUGGUGUUUAUAAUAUUUAGCCCUGAUUCUGGAUCAGUUGCAGCUGACUGUUCUCUUGGUCCUUCUCCUGCUAUUGGCUGCCGCCGUUACCGACGCUGACUGGAGAUCAGCCCAAUGAGAGCGCUUUGACGGGAGCACAACCAGCUUCUGACCGCGAGACUGAAAAUGUCUGAAGCGCUAACGUCCUCAAGUUCCGAACCAGGGAGCGGAAACCAGCGGGACGUUGAGCCGCAGAGCCUCCCAAAUUCACAUUACGCUGAAAAAGUCUCGUUGCUGGAUGGAGACAUUCAGAAUAGCAAACACGACGACGCUGAGGAAGCAGGGAGGAAUCCGUGCGGUUCCGAUCCACCGGCGUCCGGACCUGCUGGUACCCUGCGCGGACCUGGUCAACUCCGAGUGGCGGAGGAGCCAGGCAGCCCGGGUCCAUUCCCUCCAGAAGUCCUGCUCGGAGUUCCCCGUCUGCCUGGUUCUCCUGCAGGGCCCCAGAGGGACAGAGGAGCGGCUCCUCGGCCACGCCCGGCUCACCCGGGUCGUCGGGUCACGGCAGAGCCUGUUUGUAGAGUCGGUAGUUGUGUCCAAACAGGAGCGGGGGAAGGGCUACGGUCGGGUUCUGAUGGAGGAGACGGAGCUCUACGCUCGACGCAGAGGCUUCAAGCGUCUGUGCCUGACCACCCAUGACAAGCAGCACUUCUACGCCCAUCUCGGCUACGUCCUGUCCACGCCGGUGCAGAGCACGGGUGCUGUGAUGGCGCUCCUCCCUAUGGGGAUGCUCAUGAGACUUUCCAGAGCUCCAAACGCAGAAGCAAACCCAACAAAACCAACUCCAACAAGAAUGGAAGACUUAGAACGUAGUUGUGUUGAUGGGUCACCUUCUCGUUUAAAAAAUCCUCUUAACCCCUCUCCACCACCUCCUCCUCUUCCCUCCGAACCUCCACCACCUCCUCCUCUUUCCUCCAUACCUCUGCCACCUCCUCCACCACCUCCUCCUCUUCCCUCCAUACCUCCACCACCUCCUCCUUCUCUUUCCUCCUCAGUGCCUCCUCCACCGCCCCAGUUUUCAGGACAGCCUGUAGUUCAGACUUUGACGGAAACCCCCUACAGAGACGCCAGAGGAGUUCCCAUCUUUUGGAUGCACAAGGACAUUUGAUGAACAGUCGGACAUGUUUGGGAGUGCAUGUAUACACUCUCAGACAUAUCUAAAAUAAGACACACUGAGACACACUCAGGGAAAACUGCCUUAAACCUCAGAGACUGCAUUACGAAACCAAACAAUCAAAGAUCAAUGCACUUCUUGCACAAGCUAACCUUCAAGGUCCAGUACCAGUUGCAGAAGAACCACAGAGACGAGAGAAAACUGAAAAAUGGUUAUGGGACAGAACAAUAACUUUUAAUGAAAAAGGUUUAGAUCUUGUAAGAUGGAGUAAGAGGGUAGAAACAAACUCCUCCACAUCUAUUAGGAUUUCUGAAAGAAGUAUGUUAAAGACCUUUUACUUAAUUUAAUUGUUUAUCACUAUAUUAUGAUUUCAAGCUGAUUUGUGCAAAACAUCCAACCUUUGGGAAACUUAAUAAACCAUUUUUAAAGAAA